CCGGGACCCCGUAGGGCGUCUCCAUGGCGACCGCGUGGGCCUGGCGGCUUGCAUCGUUGGGCUGCACCGCUCUCGGUUCCCCGCGUGCCAGCGAGCUCCUGCUCGCGGAGAAGGGCGCCGCAGAUUUUCCCAGCACCUAACUUUGUGUUCCCCAGACCCAGCGCUGCUCCCUGAGCCGAACGGGCAGGAUUCCUGGGCUCGGGGAGGAGCUUAAAGCGGAAUCUUGGAACUCUGUGCUGCGAAGUGAGGCUCAUACGUUUAAUCAGAACCUUCUGGACUUCCUGCUUUCUUCCUUCCUUCGAACUUGAGUGUCAAAUUUAUGAUACCGUUUAUGAAAAAUGGUGGUUUUGUAAGCAAGUGACACUGUCGCAGAUCUGCCCCAUAACCACCCCGUGCCACCUGGGUGAGUGUGGCAGUGACCUAGCUGUGGCCGUGUCUCCCUCUGUGUCUCCAGGUGACUCCAGAGCGCGCAGGAUGAGCAGUGGCCCCCCGACGGCUGGCAGAUGGACGGAAGCGGCCCCUCCGAGCUGCCCCCUGGGGCGGCUGAUCCAGAGCGCGGUGCCGGCCAAGUUAGCAGCGUGCCCGCCUCCCCCUCCGGAGAGGUUCACCAGGAGGUCAAGGGGGUCGUCCUUUCAUCGGUCUUAGACUUGAGUCAACGUGGCCUUCACCAUUUAGAAGAGAUCUUUAAAAUCCCCAACAUUAAACAACUGCAUCUUCAAAGAAACGCCCUCUGCGAGAUUCCCGCAGACUUCUUCCAGUCGCUGCCAAACCUCGCGUGGCUGGACUUCCGCUACAACAGCAUCAGAGCUCUUCCUUCUGGGAUCGGGUCUCACAAGCAUUUGAAAACUUUGCUUUUAGAAAGAAAUCCUAUCAAAAUGUUACCUGUGGAGCUGGGGAACGUGACCACACUGAGAGCCUUGAAUCUGAGACACUGCCCCCUGGAGUUCCCCGCCCCCCUCGUCGUGCAGAAGGGACUGGGUGCCAUCCUGGCCUUCCUGCAGGCCUGCGCCAUGCAGCGGCCUCCUCCCCGAGGGUCAGCUUCUCCAGAGCGAGUGGCCGACAAAGACGCUGUUAAUUCUCAGGAUCGGAGAGGGAGGUUAAAAGAAAAGGCAGACUUUCUCCCUCCUGUUGAAAAGCUAGGCCUGAGUGAGCUGGGCAAGUCCACUGCCUCCCCAGAAGACCGGCCAGGCGAGGAGGAAAUCCGGCGCUUUUGGAGGCUGAGGCAGGAGAUUGUCGAGAAGGAGCGGGAGGAAGUGCUUGCAAAGCAGCUCUUACCGGCAGAGUUACCUGCAAACCUCAAGGCGGCUCUGAACACGAAGGAGAAAGAACAUUCCGGCUCCAGACACGCUCUCAGCACGUGCCGUCCGCGGGGGAGUGUUCACCGCGGGGUCUGUGACGGUAGAAGGAAGAUGUCCUCCCUCAGGAGCAUCCUGCCGGCCCUGGCGCCACGGCAGCGAGUGGGGCUUCCCUCCAGGAGAGCGGAGGACAGCGGGGCCUUGGCCCCCAGGGGGCAGCGCGUAAGAGACGAAGGAGCGCCGCGGGAGUGGCGGGAGCGAGCCCGGACCCAGAGGACAGCGGAGGCGGCCCUGGGCAAGCCCCCGCCUCCCCAGAGGAGUCUGCUACAAGGACGCCAGCGGGAGGGGUCUCAUCCCGUCCGGGGGCCACGGUGCCCGCUGCAGAGGUGGAGCCUGCGGCCCGCUGACAGACCCAUUUCCUCUCAUGUGGUGUCAAAGAUUCCCUGUGCCGUGGAUUUGGCAGACAAUGAGAAAAUGCCAGUGAAUCCACCCGGAAACGUGAGGCAAAGCAAAGAGAAGUCCUCGCAAACAAGUGAAGAAAUGAGGGCCUUCCGAGAGGAGCUCUGGGAAGAAAACCUAAAGCAGCACAUUCAGAAAACGCACAAGGGAAGAGAAAGAUUUCGAGGCACAGCGCCACUCAAGGAAAUGAGUCCGGCUGCCCGGGACUUGGAGAUUAAAAUAGAGGUGGAGGGGAAACAUCGUAAUUCAUCCUAUGAGGCCAGCAUCACCCUAAUACCAGAACAAAGACGUCACAAACUACAGGCCGGUGUCUCCCCUGAACACAGAUGUGAAAAUCCUCAACAAAAUAUUAGCAAAUCAAACCUGACAAUGUAUGAAAAGAAUUAUACACCAUGACUAAGUGGAGUUUGUCCCAGGUGCACGGGGCUGGUUCCACAUUCAAAACCCAUUUCAUGUAACGCAUCGUCACCUUGUGGCCGAAGAAGGAAAAUCACAUGAUCGUACCAUUUGGUGCAGGAACAGCAUUUAACAGAAUCCAGCACCUGUUUGUGGUAACUGCUUGUAGCAAACUAGGCACAAGUGGAACUUCCUUGACUUGAUAAAGAGCAUCUACAGAAACUACGGCGAACAUCGUACUUCAUGGUGAGAAACUAGAAACUACUUUUCCCCUGAAGGUCGGGAACGAGACCAUUUCUCUCCAGCAUCACAUGGGAAGUCCUAGCUACUGCAACAAGACAAGAAAGGAAAAUGAGGUAGAUUAAGAAGGAAGAGUUAAGACUAUCUUUGUUUCUGGAUGACUUAGUUGGCUGUGUAGAAAAUCCCAAAGAAUUGAGCAAAAUCUCCUGGAACUAAUAAGUGAUUAUGGCAAGGUUGCAGGAUCCAAGGUUAAGAUGUAAAAGUUAGCCGCUUACUAUAUACCAUCAGCAAACAAGUGAGAUUUUAAAUUAAGAACAUUCACAUUAGCACCCAAAAAAUGGUGCUAGGUACGAAUCUAACAAAAUAUGUACAAGAUCUGUGUGAGGAAAAUAACAAAACUGAUGAGUCAACUCAAACAAGAACUAAAUGGAUGGAGAGGAAUCCCAUGUUCAUGGAUGGGAAGGCUCAAUAUCGUCAAGAUGGCGGUUCUUCCCAAGUUGAUGAAGAGAUUCAGCAGAAUCCCAAUCAAAAUCCCAGCAAGUUAUUUUGUGGAUAUCGACAACCCGCUGCUAACGUUUAUAUGGAGAGGAGACAAAGGCCCAGAAUCGCCCACACAACACUGAAGGAGAACAAGGUUGUAGGACUGAUACUACCCGACCUGCAGACUCACGGUAAAGUCACAGUAAUCAAGACGGCGUGGGGUUGGUGGAACAUAGACAGAUGGGUCAGUGGAUCAGAGGAAGACCCACAUAAGUACAGUCGACUGAUAUCCGACAAAGGAGCGAAGGUAACACAGCAGAGCAAAGAUGGCGUCUUCAACAGAUGGCGUUGGAACCACUGGGCGUCCACGUGCAAAAUAGCGAAUCUAGACCCAGACCUUACGCCUCCCC